AUGUCAAAGUCAGUGCCUUUGAUUAUCAACAACCAACAUGUUCAAACAGAAGAAUUGUUCCCUUUAAAAAGCCCUAAGAAUGGGGAACUUCUUUGGCUUGCAUCUUCUGCAAGACUUUCUGAUGUUGAGGCUGCUGCGGUCGCAGCAGAGACCGCCUUUCCGGCUUGGGAAGCCUUGGCAUAUACUACCAGGCGUGAUCUUUUGCUCAAUGCAGCCCAAAUUAUCAAAGACUCCCGGGAAGAAAUCAUAGCUACCAGCCGGGAAGAGACCGCCGCAGGAGAAAGCUGGGCGUCAUGGGACAUUGAUGGAAGCGUGGCAACCAUCAAGGACGCGGCGAGUCAUGUAUCCUCAAGUAAGGGAGAAAUUCCCUCUACGAACGAUAGUAAUGACACAGCUUUGAUAUACAAAGUCCCCUACGGCGUAAUAUUGGCUAUUGUCCCAUGGAAUGCUCCAGGGGUGCUUUUAAUGUCUGCCAUAGCAUAUGCUCUUGCAGCUGGCAAUACUGUUAUUAUCAAGUCAUCCGAGCUGUCACCCCGCACCCACUUCUUACUAGCCGAUGCUUUCCGUCAAGCCGGAUUCCCACCUGGCGUGGUAAACCUCUUGACGCAUGCACCUGACAAAGGACCGCAAGUGAUUCCAUCACUUAUUCAAAACCCAGCUAUCCGAAAAAUUACUUUCACAGGCUCCAGUGCUACUGGGAGGAUCAUUGCGAGACUCGCCGGUGAAGCCCUGAAACCAGUAGUCCUUGAACUUGGAGGCAAAGCUCCUGCGAUUGUUUUAGAAGACGCAAUACUACGGGAUGCAGCACAUGGCAUCUUGAAUGGAGCUUUUGGGCAUGGGGGGCAAGUAUGCAUGGCAACCGAACGAGUGAUAGUGCUUCGGUCUAUUGAAACACCAUUCGUGGAAGCUCUCAAGGAGGCUUACACAGAGCAAUGUCAUGGAGAGACGUAUAGCCAGCCAUUGAUUACUCAGUCGGCAGUCAAAAGGGUGAAUGCUCUUGUUGACGGUGCGAUCCGUGAAGGGGCAGCUAUAGUCUCAGGACCAGCCGGUUAUGCUGACGAGGAACGCCGGGUCUUUGGCCCAACCAUCCUCCGCUCUGUUAACAGCACCAGCGAAUUGUAUCAUGCAGAAUCCUUUGGGCCUGUCAUCUCAUUAUUUGUUGUAGAUACAAUAGAUGAGGCAGUGCAUUUAGCCAACGACACUGAGUAUGGGCUUGCCGCAAGUGUGUGGUCAGCAGACAUCGGCAAUGCGCUGCGAGUCGCUAAGAGAAUACGCUUUGGGACUAUUCAAAUUAAUGACAGCACGGCGCAUGGCGAGCCGACCCUGCCACAUGGUGGCUUCGGGGCUAGCGGGUUUGGGCGAUUGACUGGUCCUUCGGCACUGGCUGAAUUCCAGUCAGCGAAGUAUAUUCGAUUUAGUCUGAAAUAA